AUGUCUCCACUCAUGUGCACAGUGAUUGAUUAUGAUCAUCCAGCUAUCUUGUUCUAUCACUCACUUCCACCCAUAAGCAAGGCUUAUGGGACCAUCUGUGUAUUGGCAACUACAGCCUAUCAACUAGGGCUUUAUGAUUUUCGAAGUAUUGCAUUAGUACAUAAACUAGUCUUCUCACAUUUCCAGGUGUGGAGGUUGAUUACAAACUUCUUUUUCCUUGGAAACUUCUCAAUCAACUUUGGAAUUCGCCUCUUGAUGAUAGCAAGAUAUGGAGUUCAACUUGAAAAGGGACCAUUUGAGCGUCGAACUGCAGAUUUCUUGUGGAUGAUGAUAUUCGGAGCCUUGACAUUAUUGGUUUUAUCUGCUAUCCCUAUAUUUUGGUCCCCUUUCUUGGGGAUAUCUCUCGUGUUCAUGCUUGUUUAUGUCUGGAGUAGAGAAUUUCCAAAUGCUAACGUCAACAUAUAUGGCCUUGUGGCACUUAAGGCAUUUUAUCUACCCUGGGCGAUGCUUGCUUUGGACGUCAUUUUUGGUUCCCCAAUUAUGCCAGAUCUGCUGGGAAUCAUUGCUGGACAUCUGUAUUACUUCUUGACUGUGUUGCAUCCAUUGGCAGGUGGAAAGAACAUAUUACAGACUCCGAGAUGGGUACAUAAAGUAGUUGCAAGAUGGAGGAUAGGAGCUCCUCCGCCAAGUAGCCGAACCCAACCUGCUCCGGGUACUGGUGGUACGGCUUUCAGAGGGAGGUCUUAUCGGCUUAGUGGAUAA